CUGGUGUCACGUGGUGACGCGGGGGCUGUCGGGAAGGGGCGGCCUUUCCGCUCUCGGCGCGGCGGCUGCACCACGCGGCGUGGCCAUGGCGGACGGGGACGGUUCUUCCGCGAAGAAACGGCGGAAGAAGGACAAGCGAUCGCUGCCCGACGAGGAUGUGGCGGACAUCCAGCACACCGAGGAGUUCCUCAUCAAGCCCGAGUCCCGUGUGGCGCAGCUGGACACGUCCCAGUGGCCGCUGCUGCUGAAGAACUUUGACAAGCUAAACGUGCUGACAACACACUACACACCCCUCCCUUCCGGUGCUAAUCCCUUGAAGAGGGAGAUCUCUGACUAUGUACGGUCUGGCUUCAUCAACCUGGACAAGCCUUCCAAUCCAUCUUCCCAUGAGGUGGUGGCGUGGAUCCGACGCAUCCUUCGAGUAGAGAAGACAGGGCACAGUGGCACCCUGGACCCUAAGGUGACUGGGUGCCUCAUUGUGUGCAUUGAGAGGGCGACACGACUCGUCAAGUCUCAGCAGAGUGCAGGCAAAGAGUAUGUGGGAAUUGUUCGGCUGCACAAUGCAAUUGAAAGUGAGGCUCAGCUUGCCAGGGCAAUAGAAACUCUGACAGGAGCGCUCUUCCAGCGACCGCCCCUCAUCGCUGCUGUUAAGAGACAGCUGAGAGUCAGAACCAUCUAUGAGAGCAAGCUGGUGGAGUAUGAUCCUGAGAGAAGAUUAGGUAUCUUCUGGGUGAGCUGUGAAGCAGGCACGUACAUCCGAACGCUUUGUGUCCACCUUGGUUUGCUGCUCGGUGUUGGGGGCCAAAUGCAGGAGCUCCGCAGAGUGCGGUCAGGCAUCCUGGGAGAGAUGGACAACAUGGUGACCAUGCACGACGUGCUGGACGCACAGUGGCAGUACGACAACAACAAGGAUGACAGCUACCUGCGGCGUGUCAUCCUGCCCCUGGAGAAGCUGCUCACCUCACACAAGCGGCUCGUCAUGAAAGACAGUGCGGUUAAUGCCAUUUGCUAUGGAGCCAAGAUCAUGCUGCCUGGUGUCCUGAGGUAUGAAGACGGUAUUGAGCUUAAUCAGGAGAUUGUAGUCAUCACCACAAAAGGAGAAGCUAUCUGCUUAGCCAUUGCCUUGAUGACCACUGCUGUCAUUUCUACCUGCGACCAUGGCGUGGUAGCAAAGAUCAAGAGAGUCAUCAUGGAGAGAGACACAUAUCCCCGCAAAUGGGGCCUCGGUCCCAAGGCCAGUCAAAAGAAGAUGAUGAUCCAGAAGGGCCUGCUGGACAAACAUGGAAAGCCCAAUGAGUGCACACCAGAUUCCUGGAAGAAGGAGUAUGUGGAUUACAGGGAGUCGUCCAAGAAAGAGGCAGCUAAAGCUCCCCAGGCUGUGUCAGAGGUGGAAAGGGCUCCAAAAAGGAAGCGAGAGUCAGAGAGUGAAAAUGAGGCUGCGAGCCCCCCAUCAUCCCCAGCCACUCCACCACCAGAGGAGCUGAGCAAAAAGGAGAAGAAAAAGAAGAAGAAAGAAAAGAAAGCCAAAGAAGCAUCUGAGAGUGGGGAAGAACAAAUGGAAGUGAUCAGUGAAACCAGCACCAAGAAGAAGAAGAAGAAAAAGAAACAGAAGGAGGUAGAAGAAAGCUCAGAGUAAGCAACUGGAUCUGUCCAAAGCAUGCGACCUCAUCAUUAGGGAGGGAGAAGUCUGAGGCCUUGAAAAAGAGGACUGCCUGUGCAGCUGAGGGGCCAGCAAGUUCCAAGUUCCUUUUCUGCUGUGCGUAUGAGUGAGAAGUUGUUUGCCCAGGACAUGCCCUGCUCCAGCACCCCUCCUCAUCCUGUUUUAAGGGUAGCCAGAGGAGAGUGGUGCCUGACUGCCCCUGCACUGAAUUGCUCUGUAAAGCUGCACACCUCGAUGCCAACUGAAGUGGUAUCUUCAGGGAAGAUGCGGCUCCUUGCUCUUUGGGGUUUCUUUUCACCGUGAAAGAGAGGAAUAGCACUUUCCCUUCUCUCUUCUCCUGCCUCUUCCUCCUCUUCCAAGGUCGAAACUGUUACCCGACAGUUACAGAAUGUGUUUGUGUCUGAAGGACUGGCUUAGCCAUGGCCCAUCUGGGUUUGGCACCUUUGCAGACAGCUGAAUCAGUUAUUUGAGGGGCUGUGGUUGAUUUUAACGUGGCUGUAUACUUGGCCUGACCCUCAGCUAGUUGAGAACAAACGUCCAUUCUUUGGUACCUCUUUCCAACUUUAUCAUAAAAGGAUUCGAACGUGAAAUUCCUGCUUUUUGCUUUUUAGUGUGGGGACCUGCCUGUUAGCUGUGAGCAGAUCCAGGGUCCCCCAGUGAUGUUGCCAGUGCUGGCUCCAACCAAAUUAUUGGCAUGGGGCUGCAGCCCUCUCAGCUGCCUGCUGAUUUUUGGUAUCUAAUAUGCUUUGGAGGCAGUAGGUGGGGGUGCAGCUGCAGAGGCAGUGGGUGGGCAUGUUACAAGGCUGGUGAGCACAGGCUUGGCAGCUAUGCACAGGGCACUAAGUGUGGAGCCUGAAUGAUUUCAGGAUGAUUUCUCCCUAUUUCUUUGGGAUGGCUCAGUGGGAGCAGGUUAUUUCUCUUAGAGGAACAGUGCUGAGCCAGGAUUUUAGCUGCUUUUAGUAGGGAAGGAUCCUGGCUGCUUUGUUCUGAGCUCUCUGCAGAGAUCCUAUAACAUCUGUCUUAGCCUACUGAAUUGCUUUUGUCUUAAUCAUCUGACUUUUCCCUUCAAUGCUAGAGAUGCAGUCAGCGUGGACAGCAACCAAUGGCUGUCAGAAUCUGGGUUGAAAAAAGUUAAUUUUUAUUCACUUUUUUUUUUACAUUAAAAGAAAAAAUAAAAGCCCUAUUUUUGAA